AAUUAGUAAACCGCUCAAGUGAACCCUCAGCUUCUUCCUGAGGCACUCUGGCCGUGUGGCGGAAAUCUUGCUGGGGGUCAAGGCCACAAACCAGGCCCCCGCAAUUCUUAACAUGACUCGCAGUUUAGCCAACUCAGUUUGCAUCACAUUAUUAUUAUGAGUCAAUGGCGUCGCAGAAGCGAGCGAAAAUCGGGGUUUAUUAGCACAAAGGGUUUCGUGCAAUUACUCAAAAAAUUCUUGCAAUUAUGUUGAGCACAUUUCCAAAAAAUUUAAAGUAACACCAAAUCUUAUUAUAAUAAGAAUGUGGAGUUAUGAAGUUUUGUGAUGUAAUUCUGCUUUAUGUGAUUACAAACAACGUUUUACAUUCGGCAUCUGGGGACAAUUCAAUUUAAUAUACGAGAUUUAUGUACUAGGCAGUUUAAAACAUUUUUGCACAAUAAUGGUUAUGUUUUUUUUUGCUUUUUGGAUUACUAUUUUGGCCGGACUAUCGACCGUCGUGCAGUUUUAUUUCAAGGGUUUUGAUUGUAUUUCAUUUCAUUCGGGAAUUUUCUUUCUGGAGUAUUUUUCUAUACAACAGCUACAUAGACACAUUUCUGUUGUACAUACAGCCGCUGUAUAUAGGUAGCAAUUUUAUAAAUCCUUAUUACGUGAGUGAAAUUACCAAAUCAGGAUGAGUUCCGGUGGUGCGACGACGACAAAAGGAGGCCCUGUGAAAGGGGGGGUUCAACAACAGAAUCCCUCUACCAAUAACAACAACAGUAAAAAGUCCAGCAAGUCAGAUUCAAAAUCAGACAAACUUGAUCUCACCCCAAAGAUUGUGAUUGUGGCAACUGCUGAACAAAUGCAAAUUGCAAAGAUCAUGGAUUCACAUCGAGUUGAAGAUCCAGAAUUGCAAAAGAAAAUUCGGCAAGUGAUGGAAAUCACGAGAACAACAGAGGAUCAAGCUUGCAUGGCUCUUCACAGCAGAGAGUAUGAUAUUGAAAUGGCUAUUACACUUCUCACGGAUGGAGGGAGUCAGUCGUUGGAGUCGGAAUGGGCUCAAGCAGGUAAAAAACGCAAGGUGAAGACUCCAAAUCAGAAGUCUGACACAGCUGUUGUACCCAAAGAUGGAAAGGGAGGAGUAAUCAAAGACGGGGAAAGAACUGGGCGUGACAAGUCAGAUAAGCGAGAUUUGAAAGGGGAGAAGAAAGACUUGGAAGGUGGUGGUGACCAGCCUUUCACAGGAGACCAGAGGAGAGGGGACAGGGCUGGUCGUAGUGGAAUAGGCACUCGAAGUCGCGGUGGUCGCCCUGGAAUUGGAAGAGGAGGUCGCAGUGACAAAGAAAACGAGGAGCUCAUGAAAAGUGGAAGAAUGGGCGGAAUGACAAAUGGUCCUGGGAGAGGAGGCAGAGGUGGAGGAGGUAUCAGCGGAGGAAAUGGACGUGGAUCUCGUGGGGGUGGCAGAACAUUUGCUAGCCGUGCUCGUGGUGAUCGCGAUGGAGACAGUUAUAACACUAUUGACGUGUGGGAAAACACAGAUUAUCAAGCAGACGGUACAAAAGAGGCACCAAUGAAAGUCGACAAAUGGGGAGAAUUUCCUUCCGCAGAAGACUGGGACAAUGAAGAAUAUACUGGAUCAUUAGCUGACACCAAAGUUUUUACCCCUUCUACCCAGACGACGGUGGGUCCUUUGAAUGAUACCACUAAUGGCUCAGGAAGUGGGCAUCCAAAUUCCAAUCACAUUCAGAGUGCUUCCAGUAAUUCUUCAGCAGACAUUUUGAAGAUGGCUGCUAAUCAAGAAUCAGGGGUCACAAUGAGCAGCGUUGUACAAGGGCUUGCGGGGUCUGGAGCGAACGGUGGCAACCAGCAAUCCGGAUCGCACACUCUUGAUCUAAAUUUACUGCUUUCGAAACAGAAUUCUACAGUUUCAUCAGGAGUUUCAUCACAUGCAAACCCUGGAGUAAAUUUGUUGGCUUCGCUUCAGUCGUCGUCUUACUCCAACUCUAAUCAAAUGAAUGUCGGAGUUUCUAACCAGGCUUUACCUCCACGAAAUAAAGUGCAAAGGCCACGUGGUCCACCAUCCAAAAUUCCUUCAUCUGCUGUUGAAAUGCCUGAUGACCCAGGGUCGACUUUAGACGUUCAAUUUGGUGGCUUAGACUUGUCCUCAUCAGACCCGUCCCUCUCGUUUAGCUCUGUGAUGCAGGGUGGAAAGCAGGACAACACUUUAAUUUAUGGAGGUCAAGGUACAAAAAUGGAUUCUUUUGGGUCCGGAAAUUCAAACGACAAAGAUUUGAAAUCAUCCGGCCACUCCCCAUCUCCAUUCCAAACUUCAAUCAAUGCCCAGUCAUCCCUUACUGAUCCCGGAAAAGGAAGCAAUCUAACCGGCACUAGUAACACUCCCGGUGGUGGUAUAGAUAAUUUAUCACUCUCACAAAACCAAACAAAAUCGCAACAACCUGGAUCCAAUUCGUAUGCGGCAGCCAAUUCUGGAAAUAAUGCUGGUUCAGCUUUCGUAUCGUAUGCACAUGCAGGCAAUAAACCUGCGCCUGGUUUUCCUGCCCCUGGAUUUCCUCCAGUGUCACAAAAUACUUAUAGCUCAACUGCAGCUACGGGGGGUCCUGUUUAUGGUUCACAACAACAGAUACCAAAUCAACAAUCGGGAUACAUGUCACACAUUGCGUAUGGAACAGCUUCAAAUACUUCAAGUCAGCCUAUUGUUGCCUCUUCUCAAAACGCUAACGUACCUUAUGGACCUGGUAGCACGGCACCUCCGCAGAGUGGUUACCAUAUGAAUUCUAAUGUCAAUUCAGGCUAUAACAAUUCAUCUGGUAACACACAGUAUGCAAGCUAUGGUCCCAAGAUGGGAGGACUGAACACAACGACUGGUAUAAAAGAAUCAACGACUGAUGUUAGUGCUAAUGUUAUGCCAGCCUCGUCUGUUGGCUCGGUUGCAACUUCUCAGAUGGGAUCAAACGUGCAACCUGGAUCAGGUGAGGAUUGGAACUACGGGACUGAAUUACCCUCCGGAAACACAUCUUCUACAUCAUCGAAUGCAAAGUCGUCAUCUGUUCCAGCAACGACUAAUACGACAUCUAAGAUGAUGCCACCGGGAAUGGUUAUGCCUCCAUAUAUUCUUAGUCAAAAUACGCCAGCUGUUCCAUUUUAUGGUGUACAAACGCAAGUUUACGGAUACGAAGAUAACUCUAUGCAAUUUAUGCCAAGGCUACCUCCAAACUUUGGUUAUUAUGAUGCCACGGGUCCGGGUGGUUAUGGCGUCCAAGUUUCUGGACGAAAUGACGCCCAAACAAUGCAAGCUUAUUCCAACGCAGCUGACGGGAGAUUUCAACGGUCUGACAGCUCAACGGCCUCUCCUGUUCCGUCGAAUCUCGCAGGUGGAAAUACACAGCAAGCCAUGUACAACCAAGCCAUGCCAUACUUUUAUGUAGGGAAUAACAUGGUACAAGGAUCUUUUCCUUACACACAUAUGUAUCAACAACCAAUGGCUCCAGCGACAAACCCUUCCGGGCCAGCAGUUAACCAUCAGUAUCAAAAUAAAAGCGUGUACAAUGCUUCGUACGCUUACGACACCAAUCAGGGAGGUCCAACAAAUGACUUUAACAACAAAGGUUCUUAUCCAAGUGGACCCAACUCCAACAGUACGAAAGGUUCAACAACUGGCGUUUCCCAAUCGACUGACUUAAAUUCCUCAAUUUAUAAGGGACACAUGGGGAAAAUUAAUUCGUAUGAUAAACAGUUUGGACCUGGGGGACAGGGGGGAUUCAGCUCCGGUGCUCAGCCAAACGUAUUAAACAAUUUGAGUAACGCAAUGGCCACGUCAUACAGCGUUUUCAUCCCAUCACAAGCAGUACAUACUCUUCCUCCUAUGCAUCAAGAUGCUGGUGGUAAUGCAUCUAGGCCAGGCCCAGGGCAGCCAAAAGGAAAACAACAGCAACAAUACAGCGGAGGACCCUACUGGGGAAACAACUAACCCUCUUCCCCCCCCCCUUUACACAUGCACACAUUCAGACAACAAUUUAGUGUUUUCUGUUUUACAUCUUGAUGUCAAAUGUACAUCUAAAAACCAAAUUGUAAUGAUUAGUUAUAGAUUGUCUCAUGAGUGUUAUUAGAAGAAAAAACACAGCAUAUUCUCGAAGUUGUUUAAAUCAUCUCAUUGUACUGUGCGCGUAAGUAAGCGGCAAAUUAAGCUGCUGUUACCCAUGAUUUUCUUGGUUCCGAACAACGGCUUAUAUAUAAAUAUAUAUCAUGUUUUCGAUUAAUGAUUAAUCUUAGAUAAAUUUCUUAUUAUUAUCAACUAUUGCGCCAGAAGCAACGUUUUUCAUUGUUCGUACAGAUACACAACUUUAAGUAAAAUCGUUCGUAAAAAUCGAUGAUAGAUAAAUUAAAGUUAAUAAUAGACGACACCAUGUGAAUUUUUAAAUUUAUUUAAAUUUAAUUAAAUUCAGUACCUUUUACGAUUAUAGUUAUAAUGAAUUAUACAUCUUUGAAACUUAUUAAACUCGUAUAGUGAUGCGUUUAUAUACAAUGAGAAUUUGUGUUUGAAUUAAUUUUUCAUUUUUUCCAUUCCUUACUUCCGAUCCGCCUCUUUUAUACGUUUCAUUUGCGUUGACCUUUUAUGGACAUUUGAAAAAAUUAAAACAUUCAUUGUUGUUUGUUGGAUUGAUUGUUCUGUUGUGGGUAAUUAAAUUAGACAUAUAAAUAUAAUAUAUAUAUAUAUAUAUAUAAAUACAUAUAUAUAUAUUGCAUUACUACAAACCUCUAUAUAUAAAUACCUCUUAUUUUGUCUAUGUAAGUCCUACUGAAAUGGUUUCGUAGUGCAACUGAAGAAGUGAAUGAAUCAAGCUCAGAAAUUCUAAAAUGAAAAUAUAUAGCAGACUGAGUCACCGCCACCGCCAAACCCACAACAACUCUUGACCGAUUUAAUCCGAUUGCAAUUAAAUCUGACGACCAGAACACUUACCUACAGUUUCACUAAUAUUUAAUAGAUUAACAAUAAACUACAGUAAAAAUUGGUAA